GCUAUUGGACUACAUUUCCCAGAAGGCCAAUGGGCCCUGUUGCUCUUCUCGCCGGAACUCCAAUGUUAGUUCGGAGGGAUGCGAGACCUUAGUCUCCAGAGAAUCUGCUUUAGAUCUGCAGGUUACCACCAGGCAAGACCGCAAGGGCCUCAGUUGCUUCAGGAGGCAGAGAUUGGAAGGAUUGCAGUUGGAUGCCAGCUCAGGCAUGAAACAUCGUGAAACUCCUUCUCAAGUAAUAGGGAUCUGUGACAUUCACAGAUGUGUCUAUAGACUUCUCUCAUGAGGAAUGGGAAUUCCUGGACACUGGUCAAGUGAAUUUGUACAAAGAAGUGAUGUUGGAGAAUUUCAGCAACCUGGUUUCAGUGGGACUUUCCAAUUCAAAGCCAGCGGUGAUAUCUUUAUUAGAACAAGGAAAAGAACCCUGGAUAGUUGACAGAGAGGUGACCAGAGGGCUGUGUUCAAGCUGGAAAUCUAUGGGUGAGCCUGAAGAAUUUGCCCCUAAACAGGAGCUUUGUCAAGCACAGCCAUGUCAGAAGAUAACAGGAGAAUUGGCAGACAUUGGCCUUGACUACUCCAGCUUAAAAGAAGAGUGCAAAUGUGAGGGCAAUUUGGAGAGACAACCAGGAAAUGAGAAGACAAGUUAUAAAAAAGAAACAGUCACUUACGAAGAAGCCCUUCUUAACAAACAAGAGUAUGACAAAUUUUGGGGAAGUUUCCAUCAGAACUCCCUGCUUCCCAUACAACAGAUAAUUCCCAAACAGGAGAAAGUAUAUAACCAGGACACUCAUAAGAAUACCUUUAAAAAGGCUUUCAUGGCUAUUAAGCCCAAAAGUGUCUUUGCAGGGAAGAAAGUUUUGAAAUGCAAUGAUUGUGAAAAAGUCUUCACCCAGAGCUCAUCCCUCACGCUCCAUCAAAGAAUCCAUACUGGGGAGAAACCCUAUGAAUGUGCAGAAUGUGGGAAAGCCUUCAGCCAGAGAUCCAACCUUGUCCAACACCACAGAAUUCAUACUGGAGAGAGACCCUAUGAAUGUAAAGAGUGUAAUAAAGCCUUUAGUCAGAAUGCACAUCUCCUUCAACAUCUGAGAGUUCACACUGGAGAAAAGCCUUAUGAAUGUAAGGUAUGUAGGAAAGCCUUUGGCCAGUUUGCUUACCUUGCCCAGCAUCAGCGAGUUCACACUGGAGAGAAACCCUAUGAAUGUAUUGUAUGUGGGAAAGCAUUCAGCAAUAGGUCCUCUAUUGCCCAGCAUCACAGAGUUCAUACAGGAGAGAAGCCUUAUAAAUGCAAUGUGUGUGGGAAAGCAUUUAGCCUGCGUGCAUACCUAACUGUACAUCAGAGAAUACACACGGGAGAGAGGCCCUAUGAAUGUAAGGAGUGUGGGAAGGCCUUCAGCCAGAAUUCACACCUUGCUCAGCACCAGAGAAUUCACACUGGAGAAAAACCUUACAAAUGUCAACAAUGUAGGAAAGCCUUUAGCCAGAUUGCCUACCUCGCUCAGCAUCAGAGAGUUCAUACUGGAGAGAAACCCUAUGAAUGUAUCAAAUGCGGAAAGGCUUUUAGCAAUGAUUCAUCCCUCACUCAACACCAGAGAGUUCAUACUGGAGAGAAACCCUAUGAAUGUAACGUGUGUGGGAAGGCUUUCAGUUACUGUGGCUCUCUCUCCCAGCAUCAGAGGAUACACACUGGGGAGAGACCCUAUGAAUGUAAGGAAUGCAAGAAGAGCUUCAGGCAGCAUGCACAUCUUACACAUCAUCAGAGAAUUCACGUAGGAGUGGUGUUCUCUAGACCCAAUCCAGGCAAUCACCAUGUCCUAUAAUUCUGUCUCUAAUAUUUCUGCAUUAUGUAAUUUUUCUGAUUUUUCAUGUUGUCACCU